AUGACCUCUGCGGUUUCUUUGACUUCACCAGGGCGAAGGACGUAAAUAAAACCGAGCAAUAAGAACACAACAAAACCAGCACAGUAAAUACACAAUAAACUGACAUCCCAAACAAUAGAUUACCGUUAAUAGCGCUAUGAAGCUAACUCUGCGACGGUACUCCUGGGUGCUUUUGCUUCAGUUCGCCCUUUUGGGAGUAGACCUUCUCUUAAACGCAUUUGGGCCUUCGCUUGUUAGAAACCGAUUGCAGACAGCCAUAUUUCUCUUUGUAAUUCAGGACGCUCUGAUCAUUACGGAGUAUUUGCUGUUCACCAUGGCGCUGCAUUCAACGUGUGUGUACCAGGUCGGUGCCUCCUUCAUAAUCCUGCGGAACUGCAAGCUCUUCCUGAUCAGCAUUACCCUGUACUUUCUUCUGUCUGCCUCCCAGCAUUUCUGGAUCAUCUACCAAUAUCAUCACCCACCAGGCGAAGAAAAGCAGCAUUGGCCAAUAGGUCUAAUAUCUUUAUCAUUGGGACAACGCAUCAUGUCGGUUUUCUAUUACUAUAGCUUCAAAUCAACAGCUCUAAUCAUGGCGGAUCCCCGCUUCAAGGAGGAACAUCUGGAUUGGAUCGCGGACCAGCUGGCCGAUAAGUAAUGAAGUAGUUAAAGCGAUGUGUUGAUUGUAGCGUGGAAUUUUUAAGUGUUUUGAAUAUACACCAUCGGUCGUCCGCUUCCCUCUAAGCGGGCAUAGGGAAUUGCCCUGCGUGUUCAUUGCCGACUUAUAUGUUAACAGUAAGCAACAAGUUUCUGAACAAACACAUCCAUAAUCUACCCCGUAUGGCCCAAUUUGCACCUACAAAUUACUCCAUAUACAUAUUAAUACCAAAAUAAUAUAAGAAAUACCAAAAUAUAUUAGGUCGUUUAAAAUAAAAAUCACAAACAUUGAUUAUUUACGGUCCCUGUUUUUUAGAAAAUACCUGUUAUGUUCAGACUUUUAUGUUAAAGUUGAAAAAUAACAAUUAUUUCAUGACUUGAAAAUAAAAUGUGAUGAAUGCCGAUUAAAAAUUGAUUUUUAAAGUUAAAGUUAUAACUGCUACGGUCCUUGUCUAAAAGUAAUUUGUUCAACCUUUUCUUUUGGUUAUGCGUUAAAAACACCAAAAGAAAAUAUAUAAUGAAAUAAGUAAGACGUAACAAAUUUCAUGAAAAAUGAAGUCCGCCUUAAUGGACCUCCCACAAAUAAAAAAG